AUGGCCAAUCAGAGGCCGCCAAAUACAUCUAUAGAUCCCACACACACACAAUUUAGCGAUACAAAAUUGCAAUAUGCCCAGCAAGUAUCAACAUCAGGAAAAUAUGCCAGGCAGGAACGUUUGACAGAUACUGCAGGCAAUGCAGGGAUGUCUGGUGGGGAUCCUAUGUAUGCUCAGCAGCUGGCCUGCAAGAUAAAUGCACCAUUGCCAGAGAUAUCAUCGAGUUUGAAGCAGUCGAAAAAGGCACAGAUGAGGAAUUAUGAGGAAAAGGCACAGCAUAUGUCACAGAAUGGAUAUCUAUCGCAUUGUGAGGGAGAUUCCGUCGAUCUGGAUUCAACAAAUCAAGUUUCAGAUCUAGAAUACAAGAAUGAGGCAAACAAUGAGCCUUGUGCGGUUCCUGGCACCCCUGUGGGCUUUAAUCAGCAAACUAAUUUCUACGAAGAGACAGAUGCCGAUUCGUCGAGUCUCAGCUUGAUGCUGAACAGUGCUGACAUGUCGACAAGCAGAAGUCCAGCAAGAGGCCAAACGGCGUUUUUCAAUUCUAACUACGGAAGUAAAAGUAACGUGAGCUUGCUUCCGACCGAAGCGUCGAUCGACCAAUACCGACGCAAUGCUUCCAAGACGAAAGACCCGGAGGCUUUGUACAUGUUCGCGAAGGUGCUCAUCAAGGCGUCGAUUCUCGCGCAGCGAGCGCAGGGUCUGACUGCGCAGGGGUUGCCAGCGCAAGGGGUGUCGGUGCAGGGGGGGUCCACAAAUGUGAUACCCGCGCAUGGGGUACCAACGCACGAAUUUCUCGAAGAGGCAAGAUGCGCGCUCCGCAAAGCGGCAAAAUGCGGAUACCACGACGCGGAGUAUUUGCUUGGAGAUGCAUACUCAAUCGGGCUUUUCAAUAAUGGGAGGCCGGACCACCGCAGGGCGCUCAAGUACUUUGAGGUGGCGGCAAAGGCGAAGCAUGCGGAUGCGGCAUACCGCACUGCGGCGUGUUACCGAAAGGGGUGGGGAUGCACUGCGGAUGCGCGCAAGGUCGUCAAGUACACGGAAAUAGCGGCGCUGAAUGCGCACCCCGUGGCGAUGAUGGAAUAUGGCAUGUAUCUUUUCCACGGCAUGAUGGGAGAACCCACCGAUAUCAACACAAAGAAAAAAGGACUCAGCUGGCUCAAGCGCGCAACCGAGUGCGCUACCGAAUCAAGCUGUGGCGCGCCGUACGAGUUAGCGACCAUUUAUCUUCAUGGCUUCAAAGAUAUUUUGAUCAAAGAUGAAAAAUAUGCGGUGCGCUUGCUGUACCAGGCGGCAGCGCUAGGCCACGCCAAGUCAGCCGCUUUGCUCGGCAAGUAUUAUGAGAUCGGAGACAAGGUUGAGCCGAAUGCGGACCUCUCAAUUCAUUUUUACAAUAUUGCCGCAGAGUUGGGCGACCCUGCGGGGAUGAUGGGUUUGUGUUCAUGGUAUUUUGUAGGGAGUGAGCGCUUGCCGCAGGACUAUGAUGAGGCGUUCGCAUGGGCGGAGCGCGCGGCGGCACAGCGUGAUCUGCGCGCCAUGUUGUCGCUUGCGCGCUUCUAUGAGGCAGGGGUGGGGUGCGCCAAGGACAUGGCCAAGUCACAGCAGUGGGCGCAGAAGGCCGAGGAGCGCAGGCGUGAGUGCAAGCGCAGGCGCCGAGCCUAA